AUGCGGGUCCAAAAGGAUUCCCUAUCGAUCGUGCAGGACAAGGUGGUGGAUCCCAGGUUACGUUCUUCAAGACGUUUGUGUGGGGAUCGGCAAUCGCGCCCUCGUCUGUGGGGUUUGGGUUUUCAGGCGGGAAAACGGUACGCGGGGGAGAAUGCAGCUCCGCCGCCAAGCACGAUCCAGCGGAGAUGCAUCCUGGCGGAGGCGCUGCCAGGUACGCGCUGCCGCGGAACGCUGCUCCGCCCCCAGGGUUUGCCCGCGGCCGCCAGUGGAGAUGCACCCUGGCGGCGCCAUGGAAUGCCAGAGUUUGUGGAAUGUGCCUCUUCCUCCUCCGCUGAGGGAUACGUUCCGGCCCACCAAAGGCGUCCCCAACCCCCGACAGCCACAAAGGGACGUCAGCUAGUGUUCCCCAGCCAGCAACAGCACCUCCUCGCUUCCUCGCCUUCCCGAAGCUUGUGCACGACAUGAUUGCCAUCUCUAUACUGAAGAUUGAUCCAUCGCAGGACGUGCCAAGAAGACAUCCUCUAUCACCACUUCGCCUCUGGAUGCUGCUCUAGCACUCACUCUCCCUGUGCAGCGUCGGAUUUUAUG